AUGGAAUUCUUCAACUUCAAAGGCAAAACAGUACUAGUGACCGGCGCCAGCCAAGGCAUCGGCCGCGAAAUAGCCAAGCAGAUGGCGCGGCGCCAAGCCAAAGUGAUAGCCUCGGCCAGAAACGCGGAGGCCUUGCAGAGCCUGCGCGACGAGGAGCCUUCGAUUGAAAUCCUGCCGAUGGAUUUGACGCGAUGGAAGGAAACGGAGAAGGCUUUGGAAAACGUCGGCCAUAUUGAUUUGCUUGUCAACAAUGCCGGUAUGGGAUUCCUGGAUUCGCUGGUGAAUGUUACCGAAGAGAUGUUCGAUGAAAGAGCAACAGAAUCUAGUGCAAAAGAACAUCAAAAUCUAGUGCAGAAGAACAUCAGAGAAUCUAGUGCAAAAUACUGCAAAAGAGCAUCGGAAUCUAGUUCUAAAGAGCAUCAAAAUCUAGUGCAGAAGAACAUCAGAGAAUCUAGUGCAAAAUACUGCAAAAGAGCAUCGGAAUCUAGUGCAGAAGAGCAACAGAAUCUAGUUCUAAAGAGCAUCAAAAUCUAG